UGCACAAUUUUCUUUCAAGUUUCAAGAAUUGACGUCAAUCGGCGUCGUCAACAACUUAUGGCUUGUGAUGUUCGCCUUGCCCACAUGUCGAUCAUGGCUUGUGACAUCCGAAAGACAAUAGUUUAUGUUUCUAUUGUCAUGAUUUGUGUUCUUUUGCGGUUAUCCACUGGAGCAAAAACGGCCAUUUUGGAAAAAGCUCUGACAUCCUCGGAGGCACAGGCAAUGCUUGAUUUGCACAAUAACUACAGGUCGGUGAUCGCCCUCGGACUUCAGAGCGGACAACAACCUGCAGCUAACAUGAUCGCUUUGGAGUGGGAUGACAGACAAGCAAGGACUGCCCAGGGCUGGGCUGAUCAGUGCGUCGGUGGCCACAACGUUGAUAAAGCACGCCAAGUCAAGCCAUACAUCUUCAUUGGCCAGGACUACGCGGGGAACUACAGCCCUGAACAGUCCGUGAAAGCAUGGUUCGACGAGGUUAAAGACUACGAUUAUGACAAAAAUCGCUGCAAGAAGAAUAGAGUUUGCGGACAUUACACAGAGGUGGUCUGGGCCAAAGCGAGGUUUAUCGGAUGUGGACAGAACAAGUGCAGCGGAAAGAAUUCAAUGGCUGUCGUUUACUGUGACUAUGCCCCAGGUGGUAAUGUUGGUCAUGAGCCGCCGUACGAAAAAGGACCAGCUUGCUCUAAAUGCCCGGCGGGAUAUGCAUUCUGUCUUGGUAGGGCAUUGUGUGCAUCGUUAAGGGCGUGCUCUCACAAUGGAAACAAAUGCAGGUGUACGAUAGCAGCCUGCAAGAAUGGAGGGAGAUUCAACAGAGCGACAUGUUUCUGUACUUGUCCGGAUGGCUACAUGGGACGAGAAUGUCAAGAUGUUUGUGAGGAUACCAAGACAACGUGCGGUGUUUACAAAGCCCGUGGUUAUUGUGAAUGGAAUAGUAAAUUCAGCAUACAGAUGAGAAAGAAAUGCAAAAAGUCAUGCGGAUGGUGUCAAUACAGAGCAGAUUGCUUGCACGUGAACGAAGGUCACAUUCAUCCCAAUACACCUACUGGCAAAGUCUUGGAUGGUCCAUCUAUUGCGUUAUCGUCGAAUCACCGAGUAGCAUCACCUUUCCAUCAUCCGCCUCGGAUACCACAUACCCCAGUUCCUUCCACUAUGCCAUUAGUCAAGAAGGCUGCUCCAAAUCCUGUAAGAAAAGAAUCAGUUUUCGACUCACCAGCCACCAAUACUUCCUUCGUGGGCCCACCAGCCCGGUGCGUUGACAACUUCUUUGACCGACAGGCCUGCGUCAAAUGGGCGGCAGCUAAUCUCUGUGUUACACAUAAGAAAUUCAUGUUCUCUCAGUGUGCUCGAUCAUGUAACUACAGAUGCCAACAUGCGUCGAGGAAAGUUAUCCCAGUAUGGUCAGCUGUUCCAUGUACCGCAGCGGCGACCAACCUCUUCUUCGACAGCGCCGCCUGUGAUAAGUGGGCGGCCGACGGCAACUGUGUGGCGAAUGCGAGGUUUAUGAGAGCGCAGUGCGCAAAAUCUUGCAAUUUGUGCAACUUAAAUCAUCCAGCGACAAUACAUGGUUAAAUUUACUCGGGUAAAAGGUGAUUGUCUUAUUUCUUUAAAACAAGAGCUACUUUUCAAACGGGGAUACCACUCAUUUACAUUUACAAGGUCAGUGGAAAUAAUCACAUUUCGCCCACCAUUGUCGUUCUGCAUGGUCCAAUGAGUAGCGGUGAGGGAAACAAAAAUAACAUUAGUUGGUACACAUGCUAUACACCUUUCCAGAAAUGGGGCGCCAAGUGUCCGAAAUAGUGAUGUCAUAAGGGGAAACUAGACCUUAUGGUGGAGGGACAAAGGAGAUAGUCAUGGUUGACCAACACACUUGAAUGCCUUUAAUGACGGACAAGGGGAAAAAAGUUAGUUCCAAUGCAAGCCACCAAUUUCGGGAAGCAUGUGUAGACACCGAGUGUUUAUGUUUACAUUUGGGGUUUUGUUAUGGGGAUGACGUAAGAUCAAGAUGCCUGAUGUUUAUGUUUACAUUUAGUGUUUUGUUAUGUGGUUGACGUAAGAUCAAGAUGCCUGGUGCUUGUGUUUACAUUUUGUUUCGAGCAGUGAUGAUGAUGAUGAUAAGGGCGUGGUUAUCCCCCAGUAAAUGUUUAUCUCCGUUAUAUUUUGAAAUCUAAAUCAGAUGGGAUGUAACGAAUACUGGAGCAAUGAUAUUGGGAAGCUGACAUAAUGAUGAAAUGGUGUCCUCUUAAUAAGUGUACUGUGUAUUUGUUUAAUUUUGCUUUUGUGAAAUAAAACCAGUGUUGAAGUAAGAGGAAGGUGAUGUAGGUCCUUCUCGGUUGAAGUGACUUUUGAAACUGUGAGUACGAGGUUGUGAUUGUUUGUAUAGAAUAAACAGUAAACAUACCUAGCUAA